AGGACUAAAUUAAAAGUAUAUGUUUUGUAUGAAAAGUGUAAAAUUCCUUGAAUUAAAUGUGUAGUUUUGCUUUCUAUUAGAAUCUGUAUGUGUUUAAUGUUUUUCAUUGCAUUCAAGUGGGUGCAUCCUACAUAUUACCUAUAUAUCACUCCCCCAGUUGUACUCGUACCCACUUGUCGGAUUUUCCUUAUUUGUAUUUGGGGCCAAAAAAGAACACCACCCGGGGGGUAUUCAUUUCCCCAACUGGAAAUAUUCCACUUGUACAUAUAAUAUAUAUAUAUAUAGACCUAUAUGGUUCUAUGGUAUUAAUAAAUUGUUGUAUUUUGUUUACUGUAAACUGAUAAAAUAUAUUGUGGGUACAAUAAAAGAAUUUAUUUUUAAGAUUAUUCACGUUCUAUUUAAAGAGACUAUUUGUUUUCUCUGUCUGUCGCUGUGUGUGUCUAUAUGGAAGCCCCCUCUAUCGAAUUGUGUAUUCCCCCAAAGCGUAGUCCGUCGUAGUCGGACUGACCUUUCCGUAUUUCUCUUGGUUCGUUUUCGGUGACUAAGACGAAUAGAGGAAAUAGUGGAUGUGGUGGCUUUCGUUGCGGAUUUGUUCAGCCAAAAAUUCCACCCAAGGCACCUGAUGGGAAAGGCUGUCCCCGGUGUGGUAUCUAUGUUUAUGCCGCCGAACAGAUGCUGGCCAGAGGAAAGGGAUAUCAUCGGAGGUGCUUCAAGUGCAUACAAUGUAACAAGACUCUCGACUCAACUCUGCACUGUGAUGGUCCCGAUAAGGACAUUUACUGUAGAGGUUGUUAUGCGCAAAAGUUUGGCGCCAGGGGCUAUGGGCACAUUGGUAUUUCGUCCUUGGGACUGAUGUCCGACAUCAAGGAUUCCGAAUGGCAAAGCGAAAUGGCACCAAAAACAGCCGCCAUUAAUGUGGAACAAAUCCAGGCCCCUCUGGGCGAAGGAUGUCCGCGUUGCGGUGGCGUGGUUUUCGCCGCGGAACAGGUUCUCUCCAAGGGCAGACCCUGGCACAGAAAGUGCUUCAAGUGCCGGGACUGUACCAAGACCCUCGACUCCAUCAUCGCGUGCGAUGGCCCGGACAAUGAGGUCCACUGCAAAACGUGCUACGGCAAGAAGUGGGGUCCUCACGGUUACGGCUUCGCCUGCGGGUCCAGUUUCCUGCAAACCGAUGGCGUAUCAUUGGAGGACAUCGCGUCCCAGCGGCCGUUCGUCUGUCCGGAUACCACCUCGAUCAAGGCUCCGGAUGGGGAGGGAUGUCCUCGAUGCGGUGGUGCAGUCUUUGCUGCCGAAUUGCAGCUGUCCAAGGGGAAGAUGUGGCACAGGAAGUGCUUCAACUGUGCCAGGUGCCACCGACCCCUGGACUCUGUCCUGGCCUGUGACGGUCCGGAUGACAAUAUCUACUGCAAGCUCUGCUACGCGAAGCUCUACGGACCAAAAGGAGUCGGAUACGGACACACACCAACCCUGGUGUCCACUAGUUACGAGUAUACUCCCAACUGUUGGGGAGCUAUCGACCGGAACGGCCCCAAGUCGGAGAACGGAUGCCCCAGAUGUGGCUUCAUGGUUUACGCCGCCGAGCAGAUGAAGAGCAAGAGUCACGUCUGGCACAAGCUGUGCUUCUACUGCUCGGAGUGCCGAAAGUACCUGGACUCGACCAACCUGAACGACGGACCCGACGGCAACAUCUACUGCAGAUCCUGCUACGGCAAGUUCUACGGGCCAAAGGGCGUGGGCUAUGGCAUCGGAGCUGGCACCUUGACAAUGGCUUAAAUCUGCGACCAAAAAAGCGUGCUUAAGGACUGAUCCCGAUUUCCAAAAGCUCCAAAUUGUUGAUUGGGUUCCUCAGUCCUUAAGCGCCCACAUUUUUGAGGCUUACGAUAAAGGGUAGUAUUGCACUUCUCCCGGAAAUUCAAAUCUAAAUUUUAGCUCCAAACACGAAGAUUAGAUUGGAAAUGCAGUUAGUGGUGACUGGUAUAAUAGUUGUAUGUGUUUUCGAAAGUAAGAAUCGAAAUAGCAUUCUAAGCUGCGACUGAAACUAUAUGCUUUGAAUGGCGAAAAACGAAACCCCACAACCCAUUCGAACUAUCAUUUAAGGAUAUAUAUGGCACCGAACACUCUAUCUAUAUGUUUCGAACCAAAACGACCAAUAAACGAAAUAUUUGAAACACCA